AGUGACAAGGAUGUCAUUGUCAUUAGUUUAUUUAAUUUUGUCUAGAUUUGAGGUUAAUUGUGAAAAUUUCACCAAAGUUAAUUUUCAAUUUUGUUUUUAACUGAGAAAUACUACAGUAAUCAAAAUGCCUAGAAUAAUGAUAAAAGGUGGUGUUUGGAGAAACACUGAGGAUGAAAUUCUCAAAGCUGCUGUUAUGAAAUAUGGUAAAAACCAAUGGUCUAGGAUAGCUUCGCUACUUCACAGAAAGUCUGCAAAACAGUGUAAAGCACGUUGGUUCGAAUGGUUAGAUCCCAGUAUUAAAAAAACUGAAUGGUCUAGAGAGGAAGAUGAAAAACUAUUACAUUUGGCUAAACUUAUGCCUACUCAGUGGAGAACAAUUGCUCCCAUUAUUGGAAGAACCGCAGCACAGUGUUUGGAAAGAUAUGAAUAUUUAUUGGAUCAAGCACAAAAGAAAGAAGAAGGUGAGGAUGCAGUGGAUGAUCCCAGAAAGCUGAAACCUGGAGAGAUUGACCCAAAUCCAGAGACAAAACCUGCAAGACCAGAUCCCAAAGAUAUGGAUGAAGAUGAAUUAGAGAUGUUAUCUGAAGCCAGAGCUAGAUUAGCCAAUACUCAAGGCAAAAAGGCCAAGAGGAAGGCUCGUGAAAAGCAAUUGGAAGAGGCGAGACGUUUAGCUGCUCUCCAGAAACGCAGAGAACUGAGAGCUGCCGGAAUAGAAGUUACUUCCCGCAGAAAGAAAAAACGAGGAGUAGACUACAAUGCUGAAAUACCUUUUGAAAAGAGACCAGCGAUUGGAUUUUAUGAUACAUCCAAUGAAGUAUUAGAUCCUAUGGCUCCCGAUUUUUCAAAAAUGAGGCAACAGCACUUGGAUGGGGAGCUAAGAAGUGAACAAGAGGAGAGAGAACGUAAAAAAGAUAAACAGAAACUAAAGCAGCGCAAGGAAAACGACAUUCCUCAAGCUAUGUUACAAAACCAGGAACCAGCUAAAAAACGAUCGAAGUUAGUGCUCCCAGAACCACAAAUUUCAGACCAAGAAAUGCAUCAAGUGGUGAAGUUGGGCAAAGCGAGUGAAGCAGCUAGAGAAAUAGUUACAGAAAGCGGUGUUGAAACCACUGAUACAUUGUUGAAUGAUUAUACUUUCAACCCUCAAGCAGCUGCUACACCAAGAACACCUGCGCCACAGACUGAUAGGAUUUUACAAGAAGCUCAGAACAUGAUGGCUCUCACACACGUAGAUACGCCCCUAAAGGGUGGCAUUAACACUCCGCUACACAAUUCGGAUUUCAGCGGGGUCCUGCCUCAAGCUCAGACUGUCAGCACCCCGAAUACCGUACUUGCCACGCCGUUCAGAUCCAGUAGGAGCGAUGGAGGUGGCACUCCUGGCAGUAGCGUUGGAUUUAUGACACCUAGAAGUGGUGCUUUGGUGCCUGUGGGGAAGACGCCGGUAGGAAUGACGCCGUCGGUUAGGGAUAAGCUUAGUAUUAACCCAGAAGAAGCAAUGGACGUAGGAAGUACACCAGCUGAGCACAGAUGUAUCAGAUGUCGAUGAAGGAUCAACUAAAAAUGGGGCUGAGCAGUUUACCACAACCGAAAAACGACUAUGAAAUCGUGGUGCCCGAAAAUGAAGACCAGGAAGAACCCGAGCAAGCUCAGUCACAAAUGAUCGAAGAUCAAGCUGAUGUAGACGCGCGAAAACAAGAAGAGCUAAAAGCUAAAGCCGCCAGGGAACUAGCGCUUCGUUCUCAAGUCAUCCAACGUGAUUUACCAAGACCUCAAGAAGUGAACAUGACCGUUCUUCGACCGUCCCACGAGAGCUAUUCCUUAUCCGAUCUGCAGCGAGCCGAAGAACUGAUCAAACGCGAGAUGGUGACCAUGUUACAUUUCGACAACCUUAAAAAUCCGGUCCCGACGCAGAGUAAGAGAUCCAACAUGUCGCAGGCACAUCAAUUGGCGUUUUUGGAACAGCAUCCGUAUGAGUCGUUCAGGAAAGAAGAUUUAGAGACGGCCAAGGGGAUAUUGAAGAGGGAAAUGGAGGUAGUUAGGACUGGUAUGAAUCACGGGGAGUUGCCUAUCGAAGUUUACACUCAGGUGUGGGAAGAAUGCUUAAGCCAAGUUCUGUUCCUCCCGAACCAAACGAGAUACACUCGAGCGAAUUUAGCCAGUAAAAAAGACAGAUUGGAAUCGGCGGAGAAGAGGCUCGAGCAGAACAGAUCUCACAUGGCGAAAGAAGCCAAACGAGCUGCCAAAAUGGAGAAAAAAUUGAAGAUUUUAACAGGCGGGUACCAGUCCAGAGCGCAGGCGUUGAUCAAACAGUUACAAGAUUGUUAUGAGAAUCUAGAUUCGACUAAUUUAGAAUUGAAUACGUUUAAGUUUUUGCAAGAACAAGAAAAAUCUGCUUUACCAAGAAGAAUACAGUCUCUCACUGAAGACGUCAGCCGACAAACCGAACGAGAACGAGGCUUGCAAAAGAAAUACGGCGAUCUUCAAGCAGAAAUAAAACUAUUACAAGAAUCUUACCUUAGUCAGCUUCAAAAAGAGCAGCGAAAGGAAGCGGAUAAUACAGCUAACGAGGUUUCUUCCACUACCAAUGGAGAAAUCAGCGCAGAAGCAGCCGAUGAUGAUGAAGAGAUGUAGUGACGAAUGUAGUAGUGUUUAUUAUCAUUAUGAUAAGACAAUUUUGCGAAAAAAUAAUUUAAAACACGUAAAAAACUUAUAUUACAGAAAUAGUGAAUAAAUAGUUU